AAAUGGGAGCAAAUCUCUAUGGACUUUGUUUGGGGACUACCUAAAAUUAAAAGGCAGCAUGAUUCGAUUUGGGUAGUUGUUAAUAGGCUGACCAAAUCAGCACCCUUUUUACCAACAAAAGUGGAUGACUUACUUGAUAAUUUAGCUAAACUCUAUGUUAAAGAAGUGGUGAAGCUUCAUGGUGUUCCAGUGAGUAUAAUCUCAGAUAGAGACACCAGAUUUACAACAAGAUUCUGGAGGUCAUUUCAAAGAGCAAUGGGCACACAGUUGAGAAUGAGUACAACAUUUCACCCACAAACAGAUGGGCAAUCAGAAAGAACAAUUCAAACCCUUGAAGAUAUGUUAAGAGCUUGUGCACUUGACUUCUCAGGUAGUUGGGAUGAACGUCUUCCAUUAAUCGAAUUUGCCUACAAUAACAAUUACCAUCCUAGCAUAGGAAUGGCACCAUUUGAAGCAUUGUAUGGCAGCAAAUGUAGAACCUUAGUUUGCUGGACUGAGGUGGGUGAAAAGCAGAUGUUGGAGCAGAUGUUAGGACUUGAGAUAGUUCAAAAAACAACAGAAAAGUCGCGUGUUCUGCUCCUCUUCUUCUCCCCUGCACCGAACAAGAGCCCCAAGCCCGACAGCACCCACCCCUUGAGAAAUGAUCUGCUUUGUUCCUCCGUCCGUUGCUCUGUUUGUGGGUGUGAUUUUAUCUGGUUUCUGAUCCCGAAAUUUUCCCCCAAUUCUCGCCGGCUUCCCCAACCUAUAGCUCCAGUUUACUUGCUGAAUUUUUUGGUUCUUGAUUGUUUUAUCACCCUAGCACUUGGAGUGAAUUUUCUGUGUUAUGCGAUUGAGGAAGUAAGACCCGAGGCACGGUUAACCAAGGGGAGUGACGAGCUAAACGGCUAGUCAGUAUUUUGGACUUAGAUCCUUUUUGGGGUUAGGCUGUUAGCCACACAUGCUUGUCAUAGAUAUUAAAUGACAAAUCAUUUUUUUGUAUACUGAAUUUUCCCUGACUGAAUUUUUUUGUAUAAAGUCAUGACUGUUUU